AGUAAACAGGCAACAACAGCAACAGCCAGCCAGCGGAGCAGCUUCUGCUUCGCUCAGAACGCAUCAGCAAAUCACGUGCCUCGUCUCCGUUCCAUGUUUCACCGUUCACGCAUCCCGGUGUUUAGGGUUUGGUGGCAGAAUCAAUCAGACUCAUAUUGUUCUGGAGUUGCUCAUUCUCUCCUUUUCGUUUCGCUGCUCUGCUGCGCGAUUCAUGACUUCCUCCGUCGCGGCCGCUGGCUCUUCUUCUUCUCCUCCUCCUCCUUCCGCAUUGGGCGGUGGCGGAGAUGGCGGAAGGAAGGAAAGGAAGGAGGCGCUGGGGUGGAUCGAGUGGUUCAGAGGAUGGUGUGCUAUCGUCUGGGAAUUCCUCUUCCAGAGGAUCGCCGCCAGCCACGUAGAGAACCCGUUGCCCCUUCCGCCGCUUGACGACGUUACCUGCAUUGUCACCGGCGCCACUAGCGGCAUCGGCCUGGAGAUCGCCAGGCAACUCGCAGAGUCAGGAGCACAUGUUGUAAUGGCUGUAAGGAGACCGAAUUUGGCUCAUGAACUAAUCCAGAAAUGGCAGAAUGACAAGUCAGAGAGUGGCCUACUACUUAAUGUUGAGGUGAUGGAACUUGAUCUGCUCUCUCUUGACUCUAUUGUGAGAUUUGCUGAAGCUUGGAAUGCUCGGAAUGCACCAUUGCAUGUGUUGAUCAAUAAUGCUGGCAUUUUCUCUAUUGGAGAACCUCAACGUAUUUCCAAGGAUGGGUAUGAGGAACAUUUGCAAGUAAAUCAUCUUGCCCCAGCAUUACUUUCAUUGUUGCUUUUUCCAUCACUUCUCCGAGGAUCUCCAAGCAGAAUUGUCAAUGUCAAUUCUAUUAUGCAUUGUGUUGGUUUUGUGGACACAGAGGAUAUGAACAUGACUAGCAGAAGGCGUAAAUUCACAAGUUUAGCUGCUUACUCAAACAGCAAACUUGCACAGGUGAAAUUUAGUAGCAUCCUUCACAAGCAGAUACCUGCAGAAGCUGGCAUCAGCAUUAUGUGUGUUUCUCCUGGUGUUGUUCAUACCAAUGUUGCAAGGGAUCUACCGAAAAUCGUCGUAGCAGCAUACCACCUAAUUCCAUAUUUCAUAUUCAGUGCUUUAGAAGGUUCAAGAAGCACUUUGUUUGCAGCCACUGACCCACAGGUUCCAGAAUAUUGUGCAUUGCUGAAGUCUGACGAAUGGCCUGUAUGUGCCUACAUCUCAUUCGACUGUCGCCCAACGAAUCCAUCUGAGGAAGCCCACAACUUGGAAACUUCUCAACUGGUUUGGGAUAAAACAUUGGAGUUGAUCGGCCUGCCAUCUGAUGCACUGGGCAAGCUCAUUGAAGGGGAGCCAGUGCAAUGCCGAUACACUUCAAAGGCCCAAUGAAAUGACACGAUUUCCACAGAUUGUUUUGCGCCUUCGCUAGUCAAUAAGAUUCACAAUUAGGGGAACUGGAAUUGCUAUCACUGUAGUGUGCUUUAUCCAUUGAGGCCUUCGUUGUAAUGCCCGUAAUGUCUCCUAGUGUACUGAAUGGUUAACCAUCUUCUCUGUGAUUAGUGACGUAAACUCCAGAUUCCAUGGGUCA